UCAAGAAGAACCCCCUCAAAAAGAGAGGAACGCAACACAGGAAAGGAACAAUGGAGGAAUGUGAGGACUCUGAUAUGACCAAGCUGACAGAGUUUCCGUGUGAGGCUCUAGAUGUCACCAGCCAGAACGAUAAGGACGAACUGGAGGAGCUGCAAAACAGUCUACGUGAGCUUGUUCAGGACCAGUCUGUGAAACCCAAACUCCAGUGCCUGAUGGUGGAUCCGUCAUUUUCCAUGGUAACUGUCCAAAGCGAGGACAGUGGUAUUGUUUGGGAGACAGCCUCUAGUCGCUGCUCCACCCCCUGGGCUUCUGAGACCAGCUCCAUCUCUGAAGCCUGCAGCAUGGAAGGGUCCGGGGCCGCCGGAAAGAUCACCAUUAUCUUUGAUGAGGACAAAGUAAUCCGUAGGAGAACUAGGUCCGGAGGCAGGAGUAGCAGAUUGAGGGAAAUGUUGAGCAGAUCUAGCGGUUCCAGGGCGACAUCUGCUCUGGGGGUUGAGAGACCUGAAAUGGUAGAGGUGUCGCUUCCUAAUGUCAAGGAGCAGGAGAACGAAACUGAACCAGAUUUGGAAGAUAUCAAAAGCAAAGAUCAGCAGCUGUUUAGUUUGAUUUCAGAGGGUUAUGAGAUACUUAACAUCAGGGUUCCGUCCAAACUUCCUACGGUGGAUGAAGAGGAAAACACCGAACUACAGGACAACUUGUCUUAUCUGGACCAGACUCCUAAGAUCAGAUCGCGAAACCACCUUAAUGAGACUACACAGGACGAUGUUCCCCCACAGGAGGAGGAAACACCAGAAUGCAACGAGCCUUUUGAGUCAUCAUUGGACCCUGGACUGAGAAACACAUGCACUCCUAAAGAUGGCUCCAACGAUAUCGACUAUUUUGAGAAGUUCACCCUAAUAGAUGAAGUGGUUCCUGGACAAAAAGCUCCAGACCAUCAAGAGGAAGUGGAAGAACCGGUUAAGGAAGCCGAGGCCUUGCCUGCGAAGACAGUCAAAGACAGACCAUCAGAAUCAGAAGAAUCGUUUGUCUUUGUGACAGAUGUGGACAUAGUCGGGGAACACCUGGAUGAAGUCUUCUAUGGAGAAGGCGCUCCUGCUGAUGCAAUGCAGCGGAGAGCAGACGAGGAGGUAAACGACAGAGAUGAAAGGAGAGCAAGACGAGAGAGCCAAAGAUCGACGAAAGAGAGCGGAUCAAUAUUAUUCGAGACUGAAGAAACCACCCUCACUCCUAUUUUUAUCUCCCCUGGACCCCCUAAAAUCAUUGACCCCAUCCUGCUGGAAGAACCCACCGCCAUGUCCUUCAUGUACUCGGACCUUUAUGCGGAUUAUAUAGGCGAGAGACUCAAGAGCGACGAAGAAUACUCAGAAGUGGAGAGUGUGACAUCUGAGAAAUCCUUCAGAAAAGGUUUGUCAGAUUUGGAGGAAACAGAAGGAUACCUGGAAAAGUUCAUUUUGAAAGAUGAAACCCCCACAGUAGAGGUGCCAGUAGACUCUGUAGAGGACAAGAGGGAAGGGAGGAUGAUAUGGCCACAGAGUACGUUUGAAAUGACAGGAUGUCUAACGAGAGCCGAGGAAGAAGAUGAGGGGAAGAGAGACGACACAAAGCAAGAUAUCAACACAGAAGAUUAUACAGAAGCAGGAAAAACUGAAGAACUGGUUACAAAAAUGGCAAAGGAAGGGGUGCAACACUGUGAAGGUAGUAAAGAGCAGGCUGUUCCAAUAAAAUCAGUUCAUGAGAAUAGGCCAAAGAAUGAAGGGAUGCAGGCUCAGAAAAAACUGACUAAAAAGUCACUUACAACAAUCCAACCACUGGAUGUUAAAAUAGAAAAAGAGGAGCACCAGAGAGAUGAUCGAGGCAAUGAUCGUGUGAUUCAAUCUGAAAAACUAUCCCAAGCUCAAGUACAGGAACAGGGAGGCGAGGUACCACCAACCCGUGCUGAGAACCCUCAGCAAGACACACAAGACGAAGUCUUUGAAAACACAGAAACUGAGAGGAAGAUGGUGGCAGUUGUGGAGAAGGAAGCCCAAGAGGUGACUGUCGCAGAAUUGGGUAUUGUGAGACAGGAGAUGUUGAACUCUAAUGAACCAUCAGUUGAGACAAGGUGGAAGACAAAAGAGCUUGAUCCUAAACAAGCUGCAUCAGUGGAGGCCUUAGCUGGCAGUGAGCCUAUGGUGCAUGCAGUCAUGACGGUAACUGAGAAGACUGCUGAUCAAGAUGUGACUCAAACUAGAGUCCAGAUUGAUCUUCAGGAGGAGGUCCCUGAAGGAGAAACAAGAGCGGAGGUUCUGCCACAAGACGUUAUUGAAGUCGAUGUGGAAGUAAAAGAAGAAGAGACAAAUUCAGCUCAGCUUGAAUGUGAGCAACAGACAACUGCAGAAGAUGAGGUAGCCAUUCAGGAGACAAACAACGACUUGAUCGUCUUCGUUCCCAAAGGCGAAGCUGUUGAGAUGGACAUAGAGAUGAGUCCCUGCUCAGAGACGGUUCCAAAAAGCAAUACAGUGACUCCUCCUGAUCUGGACUUGGAAUUUGAACAUCUCACUGCACAUGGCAAUAACACCAGAGAAACAUUGGCAGAGUCUCAACUUGAGGAAGAACCAAUUGGACAGAUUGAUGAGUUAAAGAGGAGGUCCUCACCUUCACCUCCUGAGAAUAAGGCUGAGAUAGACAAGCUGAGAACAGAGGAGGACAAAAAUGAGGGUGUUGUUUCACCUUUGAGGAGUUUUACCCCACAGACAGAUUUAUUUGAGCUGUACAAGGAGGAUGUGCAACCAGAUGCCGCAGAUGUAGACGAAAAGGCUGAGCUUACCCCAGGAAGAGAUGAUAUAAAAAAAGGUCUGGAGAUUGGUACUUUAAGGGAGGACAUGCCACAAAAGACAUCUCAAGAUGAAUCACCGGAAGAAGAAGAUGAGUAUGAAAUGGUAAUGGAACAGGACACCAAGGACACAGCAGAACCUCAAGUACUUGGAGAUACACAGAAGCGAGCUCAAGCCGAGUCUGACGAGGUGGUGAACGACAACAGGCUCUCGGAUGUGUUUGCAGAUGAAGAGCUCGUUGAGGCUGAUUAUGACAUCAUUGAUGCCGAGGAGCAGCAUCAGGCUCAACUGGCUGCUGAGCUCCAGGGGAUGGACUGGUUCUGUCAAACGUGUCAGUGUUUGCUGUCAAAGGACGACCGUGAGUCUGGGGACCAUCGUGACCACGAGGUCACUGAUGUGGACAAAUCUUACGAGGAGAUCAAGGAGCGGCUGAGUGAUUGGAUCUCAGAGCUGCAAGGGAGGUCUGAGAACAUCGAGGACCUGGUGUCUGAGCUGGAACUGUCUUACAACUGUGUGGAGGACCAGUUUGUUGAGAGCGAGGCAGCCAUGCAGGCGCAGAAUGACGAGAUGCUGGCCCUGGUGAUGGAGCAGUACAACGACAUGUCCGUCAACUUGGAGGAGGAGAAGAAGGCCAAGCUGGAGCAGCUCUACGACCAGAUCGUCUCCUUCCAGGAGAGCAUCGACUCCGCCAAGGCCACCCUGGAGACCACGGCCAGAGAGGCGGAGACGGACGCUCGGCCCCCUAAGGACAUCCAUGCAAGGCUGAAGGAAGCACUGGAGUCAACCAUGUCACUGGAUCUGGGCUCUAAGGGAUUGCUGGUGUUCCAGGAUUACGCCAAAGGCAAUCAUUCACAGCUCGCCCAACGCAAAGAAAUUCCAGUGCCUCAAAGGCCCAAGCUGGAGCCCCAGGAGCCAGGAUCAGCCACCAGCACCAGUGUGACCGUGUACUGGGGUGUCAACCCGGGUGACAUUAUUGACUGCUUCCAAGUCUACUGCAUGGAGGAACCACAGGGAGCUGUGUCAGAGGAGUACCGUGUGACGGUGAAGGAGAGUUACUGCGUCCUGGAGGAGCUGGAGCCUGAUAAGUCCUACAAAGUGUGGGUGAUGGCUGUCAACUACACGGGCUGCUCUCUGCCCAGCGAGAGGCUGCUCUUCAGCACAGCUCCAUCGGUGCCGGCAAUUGAUAGCGAGCGCUGCACCGUCAUGUGGGACUGGGCCAAGCUGAGAUGGAGUCCAGCUAAGCAGAGUGCAGGACUGACUUAUACCUUGGAAUACUGCCGCCAGUACCAGAUGGAAGGAGACGGGCUAAGAUCCAUCUCAGGCAUUAAAGGCUGUAAACACCAAGUUAUGCUGCAGCCCCAUGAGAAUUAUUUGUUUUACAUCAAGGCUGUGAAUGAAGCUGGAGCCAGCGAACAGAGCGAGGCUGCUCUCAUUUCUACCAAAGGAACGAGGUUUCGCCUGCUGAGAGCUUUAGCUCAUCCUGCUCUGGAGCUGUCAGAGGACCACAGCACUGUCUGCUUCUCACAAGAUGCAUAUAAACACAUGCCACCUACAGAAAAACUGCCGCCGUCCAUCUUAGGCGAGCUGUUACCGGCAAGAGGGCGUCACUACUGGGAGACGACAGUGUCAGGAUGUGCCGCUUACAGACUUGGAGUCGCCUACAGCCACACGCAUAGGAAGUUCUCCCUGGGGGAAGACAACCAGUCAUGGUGUUUACAUUGCAUCCCGUCACCAACUGGUUGCAGGUACGACCUGCUCCACGUUACCCCUCAGGCCAGCGUCCGUGUGGUGGAAGCGGCCGAGCGGGUGGGCACACUGCUGGACUACCUGCACGGCCGUCUGUCUUUCUACAACACCCAAACGGGUCAGAUGUUGGGGUCCUUCAGGCACCACUUCGGCGGACCCUGUCACCCUGCUCUGACAUUGGACACGCCGGGUCGUCUGGAGGUCAGCAUGGUGCCGGAAGUGCCCGACUUUGCCAAAGACUCGGGCUAAUUUUUCAUCCUGACAAAAAAGAAACGUGUAAAUAUCACAUUAGGAAUAACAACUGGGCUGAUAUGAAGUGAUUCGAGGGAGUCGUUAUAAUAUUUGAUCUUGUUUGCUGUAUAUUUUAAUGACGUUUUCUACCAUAAGAAAUGUAAUUUAAAUCCUCGUAAAUAUAGUUUGUCAAUGAACCCUACUGCAGCACUUUCAUAUUGUGAAUAUGCCUUUUUGUAAACAACUUUGUUUUUGUUCCUGUUUUCAUUUAAAUGUAUUUCUUUUUUUCCUGAAAACAGACUGAAUUAACGUGAUUAUUUUUCUAUUUAUUCAAAAGGGAGUUUUGAUUACCCACACUCACCACUAGAUGGCCACAUUGUACCAUUACUCUUUUUUUUUUUUUAGCACAUAAACAGGCAACAUAGACACAUAAAAAUGUUCAUCUCCUCAAAUAAAGCCUGUUUUUCCAGCACAGGCCUUUCACUUACCUUAAAUACAACUGGAGUGACGUUUAGCACACAAUAUAGAACAAUUAUUAUAACCUAUGCCUUUGUUUUGAUGUUGCUGCUUCGUUCACACAGCAACUACACAGGCAGCCAAGUCCCAGCAUGAGUCCCUCUCAUGUCAACAAUAACUGGGACACUAUCUGAUGUCGAGCCUGGCAUCAUUUCCUCCUAAUUAGUCUCAUUUUUCCAUAGCCAAAGGCCAAAAGCAAACAAAGAGCGCUCUGUGCUGCAAACAAGUAAACAGACGAUCACAAUAUCAGAGAAGGUAAACCCGGCCAACCGAUGAGAGAAAGCGUGCAGAGAGAGGAAUCGUGCAUAGUAAACGCUCACAUGGUUACUAUAUAUGUCUUUUAUUCAAGAGUUGAUCCCUUCCAUUCAAAGUGCAAUACAAACAGCAACACUUUAAAUACAAAUAAUACAUGUGAUGAAGGCACACAAGCAAGCACAUGAUCCUGCACAAAAAUAAGAUUCAAAUCUCAAUUUUUAUUCAUCCCCAUUCUAAAUAGAUUUUUUUUGUAAGAAUCCAUUUUAAAGUACAUUUUUUAGGCCAUCUCCAUGCAACCAGAAGAAACUUUUCUAAUCUGUAACCUGCUUUGAAAAAGCUUCAUGAAAAUGAUUACACUAAAUAAUACAUUGCAAGAAUCAUGUUGAAUCCAGAAUCGAUUUUGAAUCAAAUAAUCACCCCAGAAGUCAGAAU